UUGUAGAUUUGUGUGUGUUAUAUGAUAGAAGAUUGCUGUAUUUUGUUGACGAUCAUAUAUAAUACGAAUGAAAAAAUAAAUAUAUAUAAAUGAUUUUUCAGUAUUGUCACUCUUAGCUGUCAGCACUGACAGUUUAUACCAGAACAUACGAAUUGUAAAGUUAUUAAUCAUAAAUGGCAGAAGCGAAACGAAUACCGCAUUCUAUGAAACGUAACCCAUUGCAAGAGGCAGCAGAUAUAGCACAGGAAGAGGAAAAGAAAGAUGUGAAUUUGGAGGAUCUCGAAGAUAUUGAGGAAAUAGCUCAGCAACCAGUUUAUCAAAUUCGACCGCAUCUUCAUGAAAAGUUUAAACCUCUAAGUGCAAAAGAGAUAAUACACGAUGUAUUGUUUGAUCAACUCGCUACGAAAUCAUAUGAUGCACAGGCAGCUGCUCAAUGGACCAAAGAUAUAGCAGAUGUUAUCGAAACAAGAAUCAAAGACUUACAAUUUAAAAGAUAUAAAUACAUUGUCAAUGUGGUUUUGGGACAGCAACAUGGUGCUGGUGUAAAAAUAGGCACAAGAUGCAUUUGGGAUGCAGAAGCUGAUACAUAUGCUUAUGAUAGUUUUAUCAAUGAAAGUAGCGGAGGUACGAAGAAAUCGGGUCAAUCUUCUGUUAUAAGCGGUCCUAAUAUGGCUACGCUUGUGUAUUAUACAUGACCACAAGGAACAUGAACUACGACCGUACCGUCUUUGCCAAAUACAGAGAUACAAGGAGAACUUUUUCAUUCUCACAACGUGCUUCUUUAAAAUAGAGGUAAAUAAAGUCCCGAAAAGGUUUCUUCAAUUUUCGUAAAAUUUGAUGAAUGAUAGACGAGGGAUAAAUGUUUGCGCGUAUUCCCUUUAUCAACAUUUUUUUAAAAUUAUAUUUUGACUUUUAUUUUAAAUUAAAUUUGCAUAAAAACAUGUAAUCCUCCUUUAAAAUUAUUUGGAAUAUUUUUAUUGAAUUUUAUAAAAAUUGGAGACGCGCAUAAAUUCUGUUCGCCAAAAUUCAAUCUCUAUUUUUUGUCUCUCGGGAAGAUAUAAGGUAAGUAAAGUUCGUGUCCUCGAUUUCGACAAUAUUACAACUGAAGUUACAUUGAAGAUCGUGUAUAGCGCUUAAAUCUGCGAGAGAGAUCUACUUGAUUUUUUUCAUUAUCAAUUAACCGUAAACCAGCAAGGCCGUCACGCGCCUUAAAAGGCGCGACACGAGCAACCGGCUCUCCUACCUUCCACGAUCGUUUCACAUUUGCGACUGACGCAUUACUUCUCGGACAAUUCAAGGAAUCUUUGAAUCUUUGCUAUAGUUUUUCGAUUUUUGCUACGCACAUAAAAUCGCACACAUAAGCAUAGCGAUACUAUUCGCGUGCAUUUAAUGCAAAUAUAUGGAUUU